AUGACGACAGAAUCAAAGAAAGCUACAGCUCAGAACCUUCAGGAGCAUGAAGGGCUUCUGAUAGUGAAGAUAGAAGAGGAAGAUUUUGUCUGGAGGCAGGACACUUCCCUCCAGAGAAGCGACGACCCCUUUAGGCAGGAGCUCUGCCGACAGCUUUUCAGGCAGUUCUGCUACCAGGAUUCGGCUGGGCCCCGUGAGGCCCUGAGCCGGCUGCGGGAGCUCUGCCAUCAGUGGCUGCAGCCCGAGACACACAGCAAGGAGCAGAUCCUCGAGCUGCUGGUGCUGGAGCAGUUCCUGACCAUCCUGCCUGAGGAGCUGCAGACCUGGGUACAAGAACAUGGCCCAGAGAAUGGAGAGGAGGUGGUCACUCUACUGGAAGAUUUGGAGAGAGGUGCUGAUGAAGCAGUAGUCCAGGUUCCAGUCCAUGCACACGAACAAGAGAUACUCGGGAAGAAGGUGGUGCCUCCUGGAUCGGCACUGAGUGUCCAGUUGCAGCCAGUGGACCCCAAGGCCCUUUGUGGUUCCUCAGCAUCCCUUCUGCAGGAUGGCGAUAAUGAGAGUGAAAACAAUGGAUUCAUGCCAAAGUUGGACAUUUUUGAAAAAAUGGAAUCACAGAGGAUUCUAUCAGGAAGAAUUUCAGGAUUCAUGUCAGAAGGAACUGCUGAGCCUCAAAACAUCUGUAAGUCUGCAGGCAGGCUAAAGAAGCAAUGGGAAAAAGAAUCAGGGGGUGCUCAGAGACCAUCAUCUGCUCAGGAUGGAGGUUUUAGUAAAAUCCUUACCCACAAAAAUACACUUACAGGUAGCAGUAGCCAUGAUGGUUGUGAGAGAAGCUUAAACCUGAAUUCAAGUGAAUUGACACACCAGAAAUCUUGUAAACACAGUACCUAUGACCAAAGUUUCAAAUGGAAUCCAGAUUUUAUUAAGCAUCAAAGAAUUUAUGUUGGAGAGAAAAUUCACCAAUAUGGAACAUCUCUCAAGAGCUCAAACCUUAUUCAACAUGCAGCAAUUUUUAGUGGGGAGAAAACCCACCAGUGUAAUGAAUGUGGGAAAGCUUUUAGACAUAGCUCAAAGCUUAUCAGGCAUCAGAGAAUCCACACUGGAGAGAGGCCUUAUGAAUGUAAUGAGUGUGGGAAAGGCUUUGGGGGGAGUUCAGAUCUUAUUAGACACCAGAGAAUUCACACUGGAGAAAGACCCUUUGAAUGCAAAGAAUGUGGGAGAGCAUUCAGCCUGAACUCCCAUCUCAUCUUGCAUCAGAGAAUUCACACCAGAGAGAAACCCUAUGAAUGUAGUGAAUGUGGGAAAACCUUCAGAGUGAGCUCACACCUCAUUCGACACCUGAGAAUCCACACUGGAGAGAAACCCUAUGAAUGCAACGAGUGUGGGAGAGCCUUCAGUCAGAGUUCACACCUUCGUCAACACCAAAGAAUUCACAAGAGGGAAAACCUGUUAAUGUAAAGAACUUAAAUUUUCAUGGAAAUGCAAAAGAAAUAGCAACAUGAAAAAUAUUGAAUAAAAAAUAUGGAGUGAGAUGAAUGACUAAAA